AUGUUUGCAACCUUAUCCACCCUUGCCACCGUCUGCACACUCGCCCUUGUUGUCGUUAUCUCUAACGUUAUAGGCAAACGUACCAGAAACAAACCUUUACCGCCUGGCCCGAAACCAAUAUGGCCAAUAGGUAAUCUGCACCAAAUUCCCUGGGGGAACUCAACAGCAGAAGUAUAUGGUCAAUGGGGGAAAAUCUACGGCCCGCUAGUAUAUUUUCGCACUUUCGGGCGGGAAUUCGUUGUUAUAAACACCCUCAAGGCGGCUCUGGAUUUGUUUGAGAAACGCUCUCAUCUUUAUGCUACUAAACCACGCUUGGUCAUGGCAGGAGAGCUCGUUGGCAAAGAUAAGAGCUCGUUGGUAUUCUUCAAAUACAACUCUUUGUGGAAGGAUUGCCGGAGAAUUACGCAUUCAUGGAUGGCGAAGCCGUCUAUUCAAGGAAGCGGACCGUCGUUGGAAUUGAAUGCCGACAAACUCCUUCUGACUUUUUUGGAGACACCUCAAGAGUUUGCGCAAUACAUACGAUCGUACACGGCUACUGCUCUUUUGAGCGUGCUUUAUGGCAUUGAAUGUUCAACCAAGGAUGAUCCUCUUAUCAAGUUAUCUGAACGAGUCAGCCUUUUGACUUCCGAAGCAAUGCGCCCGGGUAGAUGGUUAUGUGAUUCAUUCCCCUGGAUGGCGUAUGUGCCUUCUUGGUUUCCUGGCGGUUACUUUAAAUGUUGGGCCAUGGAGGCUCGUCGAGCGUCAGAUGAUCUGCUUCACAUCCCGUACGAACGCGUCAAGGCCUCUGUUAUCGAAGGCCGAGCCAAGAAAUCCUGGGUCGCGGACAGCAUGUUAGAUGAAACGGGACAAUUGAUCGAUGGAGAAGAUAGCCACACCUUGAUGAUCUCCGCUGGAAGUCUCUAUGCCGCCGGAAUAGAUACGGCAAGUAUUAUGACUGCCUCCGCCUUACGAACCUUUCUCCUUGUGAUGACUAGACACCCCGAGAUACAGAAGAAAGCUCAAGAGGAAAUAGAUAGUGUCGUAGGGAAGGACCGCCUCCCCACGUUGUCUGAUCGCGACUCGCUUCCGUACGUUGAAUGCGUGAUUAAGGAGGUACUUCGCUUUGCUGCUGUCGCUGCCCUCAUGCCGCACAGCUUGGAUGAAGACGACAUAUACAACGGUUAUACGAUCCCUAAAGGCGCCUGGGUCAUGGUCAAUGCAUGGUCGAUUUUCUACGACCCAGCCCUCUACCCUGAGCCACGCGAGUUCAGGCCCGAACGAUUUCUUUCCACCGGUGACCAUGAGGCAGAGACGGAUCCGUAUACAGUCGCCUUUGGCUUUGGGCGACGUGCAUGCGCUGGGACUCCCUUUGUUCAAGCUUGGCUAUUUCUGAACAUGGCUCGAGUCCUAUCGGUGUUCAACAUCAGCCCUGUAACUGGUAAAGGCAUCCCGCCUGCCAAUUUUGUGAUGAGGCAUAUUCGAAUUCCCGCAGAGUUCGAGUGUUCCAUGGUUCCCAGAAGCACAGAGAAAGUUAAGCUGCUGCACCACGAUGUGUUAGCUGCACCGUAG